AUGGCGUCUGCCGGGCCGGUCAAAGGCACGAAUCGAGGUUACGCGACGAGGUCGUACUUCACGUCGCGGGGUGGCGACGCCCAUGGGUCCGCUUUCAGGUCUGCGGUGCUCUCAGGUCGCUUCCAUUCCAACCAAUUUCCAACCACCACCACCAGCAUCAGCAUCAGCAUCAGCAGCAUCAGCAUCAGCAGCAUCAGCAGCAUCAGAAGCAUCAGCAACAACAAUCCUCUCUCCAUUCUUCCCAAGGCAGUUCUUCCCCUCGUCGCUCGCCCCACCUCUCUCUCCUCCCACGCACCCUCCUCACCCCUCCUCUCACGCUUCCUCCCCGUCGCGCACUGCCGAGCCGAAACAGCCUCGGACCAGACCUUCCAGCCAUGGAGUCACCAAGCCUCGCGCACAGGCUCGGGAACAGGUCCUCGAAAGGAGCAGAGCAACGGGAAGGGAAGCAAAGCUUCCGGAACAGCAUCAGCAGCUUCUGAUGAUGAAGAUGCUCGCGCUCGUGCUGACAUCAGCAAAACGGCUAACAUCAUCACGGAACGAGUGGACGGGAAGCUCUACACGGUGAAGCUGAGAUCUCUCUACUCCGCCUUCUGUCCACGUGGCAUGCUGAUAAUGGCUGUGAGAAACAGCCUUAUCCAGAUCCUCCCUCUGUUUGCAGACUAUAUAGAGGCUCAGGCUCCCAGUCUGGAAGAGGAGGAGGAGGAGGACGAGGAAGAAGAGGAGGCGAGGAGGGAGAGGGAGAGGAGGAGAGCGGCGGAAGCAGCGGAGAGGGAGAGGAAGAUUGCAGCUUUUCGGAAUAUGGGUGCAGGGAGGAUUGCUGCUGGCACAGCGUGGUUGUCGCUCAGAGAGAUGGCCGUGAUAUCAGUGCGCAGGGCGCUGGAGCACUUUUAUCUUGCUCGAACCGUGUCUGCCCGCUGGCUGUGGAAGCUGACCAAGGAUCCCACCCAGUCAGCCAUUCGCAAGGUGGGCAGGGGUCUCACAGGCUCCCCUCUAAUCAAAUCCGUUACAAUCACCAACGUCAGAGCACACUUCCUGAGCCCACUAUCCAGUGUAGCAGUGCAGCUUAUAACGGAUACCUUCACCGCCUUCCACCGCCUACUCUUCCCACCACCACCACCACAAGCGGGUCAGGGGCUCGCUAUAAGCCCUGUGAGGGCCACAGGAGUGCAGAUCGUGUGGCUAGUAAAGCGAACGCUGAGCUAUUCUCUCAAGCUCGUGUUCUCUACCGCCUCUGGAGCGCUGCUGUCGGCCGUGUGUGUGCGAUACGUGGGGCCGUGGACCACAAGCUAUGCCUACAUCCUGGGAGACAUGCUUGUCUACCAGACUGCCUCGACUCUCAUCGACCCUCUGCUUUUUUCUGCCACCACUUAG